AUGAAUUCUUUUCAGGAGGAUUAUGAUCGAUUAAGACCGCUGAGUUAUCCCCAAACAGACGUUUUCGUUCUCUGCUUCAGUAUUGUCUCUCCUGUUUCGUUCGACAACGUAGCGACCAAAUGGAUCCCAGAGAUACGUCAACACUGCCCAGACGCGCCAAUCCUUCUCGUUGGUACAAAGUUGGACCUGCGAGACGAGGCAAACCCUAAAUCUACUGGCUCUGAGGAUAGGCCACCUAUAACAAAAAGCCAGGGACAGAAAUGUGCACAGAAAAUUAAGGCCGUGAAGUACUUAGAAUGUUCAGCUCUCACGCAACAAGGCCUCAAACAAGUGUUCGAGGACGCCGUUCGAGCUGUUAUAAAUCCAAAGCCACUCAAGCAGAAGAAAUCAUGCACAUUGCUCUAA